GGCUUCGAGGAAGGGAAGAGUUUGGGAGAAGUCAUGACCAGUCAUCAACCCAGUUCCCAGGCUGACGACCAGAGCUCCCAGCCCAGCUCCUCAGGGUGCCCCCUGGAGGUGACUGCCUAUGAAGAAAGCCCAGGACCGUCAGCCCCCUUGGCCGGUUGCAGCUCCCUGCCUCAGCACCCCGGCUGUAAGAGGAUGAGGUCAGUGGCGUUCAGAGCGGAGGUGGAGGGCGACCCGGCCACUGAGGCCCAGGACCUCUGGGUCGUGGAGUCACUGAGUGGGCUCAAGAUGAAGCUGAAGCGACAGCGGGUGUCUUCAGUGCUGCCUGAGCACCACGGUGUCUUCAACAGGCUGCUCGAGGAUCCCGUCAUUAAGAAAUUCCUCGCCUGGGACAAAAAGCUGGAAGUAUCUGACAAGUAUCUCCUGUCCAUGGUGAUAGCUUACUUUAGCCGGGCUGGGUUCUUCUCCUGGCAAUACCAUAGAAUCCAUUUCUUCAUCGCUCUCUAUGUGGCCAGCGACAUGGAAGAGGACAACCAGGCCCCCAAACAGGCCAUCUUUUCAUUCCUUUAUGGAAAGAAGCACUCCCAGCGUCCCUUGUUCCACAAACUGCGUUUCCAGUUCAUCCGUUCUAUGGGCUGGAAGACGAGGGUCACUCGGGAAGAGUGCGAGCAGAUCCAGGCUUUUGAUCCAGACCUCUGGGUGUGGAGAAGAGACCGCACCCUCUUGCCCUAG